AUUUUACAGAAGAUAUUGGGCUGUCAGAUGAACCUCUGGCGAGUACCAUUGUUAAAACAGAAGAUAUUAAUCUGGCAGAUGAACCUUUGACGAGGUCCAUUGUUAAAACAGAAGAUGUUGGCCUGCCAGAUGAUCUGCUGGCGACGCCCAUCGGUAAAACAGAAGAUGUUCACCUUACAGAUGAACUUCUGGCGAGGCCCAUUGUUAAAACAGAAGAUAUAAACCUAGAUGAACCUCUGGCGAGGCCUGUUGUUAAGACAGAAAUUGUUGACCGAGAAGAUGAACCUCUGGUGAGGCGCAUUAUUAAAACAGAAGAUAUUGACUUAGAAGAUGAACCUCUGGCGAGGCCUAUUGUUCAAACACAAGAUGUUGAUAUGGUUGAUGAUCCACUGGCGAGGCCCAUUGUUAAAACAGAACAUGUUGAUCUGGCAGAUGAUUCUCUGGCGAGGCACAUUAGGAAGAGUGAACAGCCUGACCUGCCAGUUGAAUCCCAAGAUUUGUCGAUCGUUGAGAACGAAACGGUUGGCCUCCAGGAUGAGUUGUGGUCCAUUUUUGAGACAGAUGAAGGAAGUUUUGAAUGUCCAGGAGAACCUCAAGGUCGCUCCAUUGUUGAAGCAGGAAAAGACAAACCAAAAGUGUGUCCCACCGUGAAGGCAGAAGCUGCUGACCUUCAACCCAUUCAAGAAACUGUUCAGGUAUAUCGCAAUACCAACAAUGAACGUCUGAAGCCUUAUGAGGGAUCUCACACUAAUCGAAGUGUUACACACACCAGAAAACUGGCUGAACUACUCCUUCCUCCUGGAGGAUUAGAAACGAAAUCAACGAGUUGUCAGACUGAAUACGAUGCCUCUCCGGUUAGCCUUGAAGAGGUAAUGGACACCAUGUGUCAGACGGAAACCGAUGCCUCUGUGCUGAGAUCUGAGCGGCUACGCGAGAAACAGAUUACAUGUAAUAUUUGUGGGAUGAACUUAACUCAUUCUUUGGAGGAUCACAUGAAAAAACACCCAGGCCUUCUUCCUUUUACCUGCAUAUUGUGUAAGCAAGACUGUAAGAAUCCAUCAGGUUUGAAAGUACACAUGAGAGUACACACCGGUGAUAAACCCUACACCUGCACUAUUUGUAAGAGAAAAUUUAGAGCGUUGGGUGCUCUAAAGAGUCAUCUGAAGAUACACUCGGAUAUAAGACCAUACGCAUGCACAGAUUGCAACAAAACUUUCAAGAAUUUGGCAGCUUUGAAACCGCACAUGAGGCUGCAUACUGGGGAAAGACCUUUCAGUUGUAACCUUUGUGAGAAGAGGUUUAUACAGUCGUGUAAUUUGAAAAUGCACAUGAGAUCUCAUAAAAAUGAUAAAGCUAACAUGUGUGAUAUCUGUGGCAAGAAGUUCGCACAACCCUAUGAAUUGAAGACUCACAGCAGAACACAUACAGAUGAUAAACGUCCAUACAGCUGUGACGUGUGCGAGAAAACAUUCAGCACCUCAGCUUCUUAUAAUGAUCACGUCAAAUGGCAUAUCCGUAAAAGACUGAACAUGAGUUCUGUUUCCAAGAGAACCUUCAAGCAACAAUCGCAAUCCAAAAUGCAAAAACAUACAGGUAGAAAUCAGUACACGUGUAAUAUUUGUGGGAAAAAUUUUGCACGAGAAGGUAACCUGUGGAAUCACCAGAAACGGCAAAACUGUGAAAGUAGCUGUCAGGGUUUUAAGUCCAGAUCUAAAGCUUCCAUGCCAAGGAACACAACCGAUAUUCCUGAUGUGAUGCCACCGUCCACUGAAUCUGCUGGCAUGGAAUCUCUGGUGUCUCAACCGGAGACUUCGGAUUAUGUGAGUACCAUUCAUGAGACAAAAAUAACACAUUCUUGUUCUGUGAUGGAUUGCAUGGGAGUGCAAAACGGUGAAAAUUGCAAUUCGGGUGAGAAAUUUGAACAAAGCUUUAAAGACUCAAACGGUUUGAAAACACUAUUUAGGCCACACGCAAGUGAUAAAUCCUACGCCUGUAACCUUUGCGAGAGAAAGUUUACCAGAGAAAGCGAUUUGAAGGCCCACAUUAAAAUACACACAUUACAAAGAAAACAAACCUGUGGUAUUUGUAGGAAAACCUUUAAGCGUUUCGCUGAAUUCAAAAAACACCUGAAACGACACGCAAGCGAAGAAGCUGAAAUACGUGACGGAUUUUCUGAGGAAAGUUUGAGACAGAAACUUCAUUCGAAACAAUGCACCAAUGUACACAGUUCUGAGGAUUGGAUUGAGGAUCGUGAACUUAGUCCGAACGGACCAUCGUGUAUUGAACGUAUGCAAAGUUGUAAGGGAUCAGACAUCUCUUCUUCCUUGAACAAACCAGCACUGGCUUCCCAUGACAAAGGUGAAGAACGUGUUGAAAGCUCUGAUGCCCCUCAAACGAGCCCUGUUUUUGUCACAGAAUGCGUUGAUAUUGCGACAGAACGCGUUGAUGUUGCGACAGAACACGUUGAUAUUGCGACAGAACGCGUUGACGUUAUGACAGAACGAUUCGAUGGUGCGAUCAAAAGUAUUGAUGGUGCGAUCAAAAGCAUUGAUGGUGCGACAGAACGUGUUGAUAUUGCGACAGAACACGUUGAUGUUAUCACUGAACCUCAACUGUUAAUUGUUGUUAAAGCAGAAGAUAUUUACACAGAAACAGUUACCCUUCCCUACGAACUACAGGUGUGCACCAAUAAGAAACAAGACGUUGAUGACGAAUUUCAGGCGUCGUUCUGUGACAUUCAAGGCGUUGACCUCCAUGUUAAGCCCGAGGUUAGCCCAAAGAGGAAUCGUAAGAUUGUCAUCCCGUUUGAAAAUCAGAUGUACACCAGUGAGGAGCAAAGUGUUGACUUUUCAAAUAAAUCAGAGGCGCAGUUUAAGAGGAACUGCAGUAUUUCAGUCCCGCUUGAACCUCAAGUUUGCUCCGACCAGCAACAAGGCGUUGACAUUCAAGUUGAGCCUGAGGUGUGGCCUGAUAAGAACUGCAAAAUUGUCAUCUCACUUGAAUCCGAAAGGCAAGCGGUUGGUCUCCCAGUUAAGAUUAAGCAGUGGUCCG